GCCGUCUAUGAUUACUCUUCCCCGCACGAGGACGAUCUGAGCUUCCGUCAGGGUCAGAUAAUCACCGUCACGGAGCAAGAAGAUGAGGACUGGUACAGUGGCGAAUACACUGAUGGUGCUGGAGCGAAACAAGAGGGCCUGUUUCCUAGAAACUUCGUG